AUGGACCAAUCACCUAUGCUUGCGAGAGGAGAAGGGUCCAAGUCAUCUGGUCUUGGGCUGGGCUGGUUGCUUGCAAUUGGCUUGGGUGGAGGACUCCUGCUGUGUGUUGCUAUCGGCCUCCUCUUCACUUGGUGGUACAAACGACGUUUCAAACCGACCGACAUGGUGGUUUAUGCGAAUGCACCAAACCCAUCAUCCGAGAGACCUCAGCAAUUCUUUUCUGGAAAACGUGGAUUCCUGUCGGAAUCGUCGUUCAGCCGGAUGUCAAGUAGGCUCUCGAUGACGCUGCCUCCGGUGCUGCCACCCUUGCCGACAUACAACAGUUUCACCAAUGGCGCCGGAAAAAGGGAGAGAGGGCGAAGCUGGGUUGACGAAGAAGCCCUCCAUGGACCGCGAGUUCGAAGGUUGUCUUUCAGGGACAGCUGGUUCUCUAAAGACGAGUGGCUCAGCGGAUCGCCGACCUUGCCCGACCUUGAAGAGCCUCCCCGGGAGAAGCUCGCUCAAGCACCCCCCAACAACCAGAAGAUCGAAGUACAGAAGCGUCAGGUGCCGAUCAACGAGAGCCAUACAGACCCGGACCUCCUAAGCCUAACGGCGCUUCCACGUGGGAGGCCGAGAAUCCCCCCGUUGAUGCCUAUCAGAGCAUACGCUACAGAGUCAGACCUCAGGGAUAUUCUUGCCUCGACUGAACAGCGACUCCGCGACGGAAGCAGUCUGUCACCCGAAAAGAAUUCUCGAAAAUCACCUAAAAGGGGUGGGUCGCCCACAAAGACUGGCUCGCCAUGUAAGACGCCUCGUAGUGGACGGACUGUUGUCUCGAGUCACAGCAACGGAAGGAUGACGCCCAGCCCAAGCAAGAGGGGCAGCCAACCACCUGGCACUCCCACACCUGUCAGGACACACAGCCGCAACGCAUCCAUCACCUCUAUUGGAAGCGUGGCCAAUAGCCUCAUCAGACAAGCGACUGCCGAGCUUGAGCUUCCCGGGGGUAUGUCGAGCCCAAGUAGGCUGAGGGGACAGGAGUGGACGGCUCCUCAGCAGAAGCAGCAACCAAUCCCCCAACCUCAAUUCCAACCUCAACACCAUUGGCAGCAAGGUGCCAUGAGAGGCAGCUCAGGGCGGGAUACUAGGCAGCAGGAGGAAGAAUACCUCCGUCGCGUUUCUAUCGAGAGCGAGGCGUCCAGUGCCCUGUCUACGCUGUAUAGCGUCGGGGAACCCGAGGAGGAGGUCCGGCGUACCGAGACUGACGACCCUUUUGUUGUGAAGGGUACCAGGGAGACUAGACCGCAACUCACGGGGCCGCGCCCACUUAGACGCGCAAAGACCAUCGCGGGGCUACAAAUCUUCGAUGAGUCGGCUGUGCCUGCGCCACUGAGAACUGUCUCGGUGAAUGCUCGAACGGCGCUCCGUCCACAAAGCGAUCAGCCGAAGAUGACUACUAGCCUAAUACCCGUUUCUUCUACCCGGUUACCACCACCAUCGAACAGCGACUUCAGGAAUCAGGAAGAAGUGAGGCCCAAGAGCGCGAUGACGCCAGAGAUGACAUCAAGAAGUCUCUUCCUGUCCUCGGAAUCGUCAGAGGCAAGCUUGGUGUCCUGUUCUGUGCACUCCGUCGAGAGCAAUACCAGCGAUGAGGAGGAGCAGACCGUAACGCCCAAAGCAGAGAACUUCCCCAGGCCCGCGGGCUACCGGAGUGACUCCUCCAGUCCCGAGAGCUACUCGACGCCAAUGAAGCGAGGCGGCCCGGUGGCGGACGUUGGGCUGUCCUCGUCCCCCCUCGAAGGGCGCCAGGUUCUGUCGAUGCUCGUUGCGAGCACACAGCCUAAGCGAGAGCUCCCCGUCCCACCCUCAUGCGUGAGAGCAAACAGCUGCAUCAUCCAACCGGGCCCUUCUUCGCGACCAACCUCGAACUACAUGGCCAUCUCACCGCCACCCAUCUCGCGCAGCGGGUCCGUCUCCAGCUCCGUCUACGACGUGGAGUUCUCCCACGAGGACCAGCACACGGAGCUGCCCAGGGGGCUGGGGAGCACCAUGUCGAUCAGGGGCCAUUCGGUGGGGAGCACGAUCGCGGAGCUGAGGAGGACGAACAGCGUGGUGAGCUCGUACAGCGUCACGUCGCUCGCGUCGACGUUCCUCAGUGACACGGCGGCGGAGUCGGCGAGCGUCCCGUCCAUCAGAGGCACCGGCGGGUCCUCCCCGCUGCGGACCAACUCGAAGAGCGCCGCCGCGGGCAACAGGAAUUACCUGAGCCUGGGCGGCAUGAACGCGCUGAAGGGUAACAGGGAGGUCCGGCAGCAGCAGAGCAGCGUGGCGAGGUCUCGGUCGGCCCUCACGGGCUUGGAGAAGACGGAGGCGAACAAGGAGAAUCAGGUUGUUAAUCUGAGGACGGUGAGGUUUGAGACGCUGGACCACCCGCGCGAGGGCCGUCUGGGCCCGAGCUCGACUGUCCCUUUGCCAAAUACCACCUCCAUUGCACCAGGUAGCAGCGCAGGUGACCAGGCGCGGCGAGCGCAGCCGCAGCAUCAGAGUAACCAGAGCAUAGAGAGCACAGGGCUGUACGACAAGGACGGGUUCUUGAUACCGUCGCCGGAGAAGAACAACAAGGGCGGCAAGUGGAGGAUGUGA